ACUGUAUGUGUCUGUGAUCUUGAGCCUGCACUACUUAGAGGUGAAGUCCUGUCCGCAGCCGAGUACCAGUGAACAAUGGUUGUUAUAGGUGAAGUACUCAGCAAGUCAGAAUUAUGCUCUCCUCUGCUUUUCGGUCUGGCGCUGGAGUAGGAAUGAUCUGUGCGUCAUGUCAGACAUACACAUGCGCCAUCUGGACCACCAUGCUGCCUCUCUUAUCACUGACAAGCUGGCUGGCUGCACUUCAUGGGACCAAUGUGUGCUCUACUUCCGCCGCCACACACACGUGUCUUGGAAAUCACUCAGGAGCAAGAAGGUUUUUUUAACCUCCUUACCCACGUCCAGGGAACAAGGAUGGAUGAGCAGCGAUGCAACAUCCAGAUUGUGCACAGCAAAGGGGAGCAGGACGGAAAGAACAGUGCUCCAGUCACCCCACCACCUGAGAUGAACCUCCUGAUGGACAUGUUGGCUCAGUCACAAAGCCGGAGACUGGACGACCAGAGAGCGGAGUUCAUUCAGUCUGCACCGUUCCCUGACACUAUGCCCACCCGCAGGCAGUCCCAUGACAACGGGGGUGUAAAGGAUGCCGAAGUUCCUGCAGUUCCCGGAUCCCAGAUGGGUGUCCCCAUUUCAUCUGGGGAUGAUUAUUUCAGCUUCAUCAAUCAAGUCCACAGUCGGCAUCUUGAGAAACAUUUGAAGAAUCCAGGGGGACGAAACCAGAAAUCCUAGAGGCCAUCUUCAUACCUGAUCUGAGCAUUAAGAUUGUAUGAAAUUGUCAUAAAGUCAAGUUAGUCCUCAGGCACUGCUAACAAGGCAUGUUUUCCACAUAAUCACAAAUAAUUAGUACCACCUAUGGAUGUUUUAACAUGUAUCCGAAAGUAAUUAAUAAUACACAUGUGCCCCAUCUAGAAGAUACUGUUAGCAGUCACUGAGGUCCAGAUUUGGGAAACACUGACACAUCUUACAAGCAGUGGCGGUACUAACCUGAUUGUAGAUGGCGCUCCGGCUUCAGGGCCCAGAGGAAGAGUUUAUUAAACUAUCUUAUAAGAAACUAAAUGCAGAAAAAAUGCUCUGCUUUCACCUUCUAUUGCCAGAGAGAGCAAAUGGGCAGUGAAGGGACCAUCACGCUAAUUAGUCUGACUCAUAUGGUAAUCACUUACUUGGCACUCCAGACCAAGAAGAAGUGCUGCCUGAGUUGCCAUCUGCCUCAGAGCCAGUAUUACUUACUUGGCACAUCGCCAACAUAACUAAGCAGGGAGGAGACAUUUUUUUAAUUUAUAACAGCAUCUCGAUAACAAAGAAUUGUCAUUCUAAUGACACAUAUUUUUUAAGAAACUGUAGACCAGCCUUUAGUCAACCUGUGGUUCUCCAACUCUUGCAUAACAAAAAGUCCCAGCAUGCCCUUCCUGCCAAAGUGUGACCUGUACCUGAGUCUGUAUUUUAUUACACAAGUUCUGUAUAUAUAAGGACAUAUCUGGAACAUAUAGGUAACGCAACAAUAUGUUGGUACCAGGGCCAGAUUAUUGUUGGCGUGGGCCCAGUGUGAUUACUUGUGGAGGCCUCUACCAAUACAUUAGUCAUACUUGCCAACUCUCCCGGAAGCUGUGGGAGGCUCCCGUUUUUUUGGGUAGCCCCCCGCACCCCCGGAAGAGUAGGCAGGUCUCCCGCAUCCUACUCGCAUCUUAGUGAUACGGGCAGGAUGAAGAGAUAAACUCCCGUAUACACGAGUCCGUGGGGUGGGGAAGGGGUUAAAAUGACGCAAAUCGUGUCAUUUUAGCCCCGCCCCUCUCCCUCGGUCCCGCGUUUCCCGAUGUGGGAGCGAGGCUUAAUUAUGUCAUAGCCCGGCCCCGCCCCCCGAAGUCUCCUGCAGUGUCUCCUCUCCGGGCUUCUCCCAGAGAGGAGACAUUUAAAGUCGGCAAGUAUGACAUUAGUCAAUAAGAUAUGUUGCGAUGUUCGUAAAAAGUAUAAUGUGUAAAUACUCCCAGCACCAGACUGUAGAGUCCCCCCACGCUGGUGAUGUAGCUAUGUGUGGGGGCCACCCAGUGUGUGGGGGAGCCCCUAGGCAAGUGUUGUUAAUCCAGCUCUGGUUAGUAACUUGCUUAUCUAUGGCUGUGUUUUGAAUUGCUUGUAUGUUAGAAUAUGGAACGUCAAAUAGCCUAUGGGUGCAAAGAUGCAGCUGUCAUCAUCCUCAACUAGGAAACUUGCACGUGGCCUAUGGGAAGCACCCGGAUACUCCUGACAGGCGCAUCUUACAGGCACAUGUAAAUUGACAUCUAACAAAUUACUAAGGUUUGUGUUUGACUUGCAUUCCACACACUCAGGGGUAUAUUUACUAAAGUGUGGUUUUACAGAAGUGGGGAUGUUGCCCAUAGCAACCAAUGAGAUUCUAGCUAUCAUCUUCUAGAAGGUGCUAGAUAAAUGAUAAGUAGAAUCUCCACUUCUGUAAACCCGCACUUUAGUAAAUAUACCACCUUACAUAUAUAUCAGAACUUACAAUUGACCCCCCCCCCCCCCCAACUGGUUAAUCCAAGUGCAAGUGAGAUCAAAACUAAGAUAUGAGCAACUAAAAGAAUGGCCAUAAGUCUUGUGCAUGGUAACUCACAUCACAUUAUCACAUUAUGCAAAUUACCUUAUCACUGACUCUUACUCAUGUCCAUGGUGCACACUGGGGGUCAUUCAAUUGCGGUUGUUCUUCCUGCUCCUGUUGCAGUGAUAUGCCGUACGCAAUUGUGAUUAUAUGUUAAUAUGGGCAACCCAUGCAAAAGAACACCCACUGCUAUCACAUCAGUUACGUACAGCGCCACGAUUGCAGAAACAUUAAUACAUUGUAGGCACGCAGAGCCUGAUUACCUCUGAAGACGCGCAGGCCUCUCCAGUAGCACGUGUGAUCGCAGCUGCUAAUGUAUGCACGCUAUGACACGCCUGCGUUUGCAUGACCACUCCCCAUUACCACCCCCAA